UAUCAAUCUAAUGCAACGAAGUCUCCACUCACCAAAGUCCUCACAUACCAUGGAAAGAUUGCCAGGAGUAUUACUCUUCUUUCUUGUCAUAUUUUUCUCAACAACUCAAGCUUAUGAGCCACUUAUAAACCACCAAAUCCAUCUCCUCAGGCCGAAAUCCGGGGCGGGUGGCAGCAGCGUUCCCGGCCUGUCUUGUCUGAGUUGGCGUUUGGCGGUGGAAGUUGGGAACAUUAUCAACUGGAAGACUGUUCCGGCACAAUGUGGAAGCUACGUUGGGCACUACAUGCUUGGGCACCAGUACAGGAAGGACUCAAAAUUGAUCACUGAUGUGGCUUGGCUCUAUGCCAAGAGCCUCAAUCUUAAAAAGGAUGGCAAGAACGUUUGGGUCUUUGAUAUAGAUGAAACCACGCUCUCUAAUCUACCGUAUUUUGCUCGUCAAGGAUUCGGGACGAAGGCAUUCAAUAUCACUGCAUUCAAUGAAUGGGUGUUGGAAGGCAGAGCCCCAGCUUUGCCCGAGAGUCUUCAGCUGUACAAGAAAUUGUUGAAACUUGGAGUCAAGGUCGUGUUCAUAACAGGUAGAGAAGAAGAUCAGAGAAGUGUCACAAUCACCAAUCUCAGAAAUGUCGGAUAUCGCACUUGGGAGAAGCUUGUCUUAAAGGGAUCAGCUUAUUCUGGGAAGACAUCGUACGAGUUUAAAUCAGCAGAGAGGGCGAAGCUUGAGAAGAGUGGAUUCAGAAUAAUUGGGAACAUGGGUGAUCAAUGGAGCGAUAUAUUGGGGGCAAGUGCCGGCAACCGGACCUUCAAGUUGCCUGAUCCGCUCUACUACGUUAGUUGAUCACUGGUUUUUCGCUUUUCUGCAAGCGUUGAAUAAUCGAUUGAGGUUUCAAGUGAAUAAAUAAAGGGGGAAAAUGUCAAUGUGCUGGAUAAAUGGUACUAUAAGUGAAAUGUGACCAAAUGUAAGCACUUUUUCUUUUUCCUUCGAGGAGAAACUGUAGACGCUUUUGGUUUACCUGUUGUAAGUGAGUUUGAUUAUAUUGUUAGCAAUGCAUUUAAUUGUCAUGAA